CUCUCUCUCUCUCUCUCUCUCUCUCUCUCUGUGUGUGGGUGUGGGUGUGUGUGUGUGGGUGGCUCUCAUCCCCUUCGUUCAACAUCAACCUACACCUGCAACCUUUUAUGACUCUGAAUCCCUGACUGAAUGACCUCCUCAUGCCUUUAUUAGAUAUUGCUACUCCACAGCCUUCCUUCAGGAACACCCUCUAUUCUCUUGGAUUUCAAACACUUCCUCAUGUUUCUGCCAAUCCUAAGACUGCCCCAUGGAGAUAUUUCCACAAGCCUACCCGAUUUAUUAUCAACCCCCUACACGUUUCUUCUGCUCCUCUUUUGAUCAAGGCCGUCGCUACCCUUGAACCUAGGUCUUCUCUUAAGCAAAAUGGUGACGCACAACACCUCCCCAUUGAUUCCCCCACAAAUCACAACCAAUCACCCCCAAUUCAAGACGACAAGGAGAUGUUGAGGCGGAAAAGGAUUUCCAAAGCUAACAAAGGGAAAGAAGCUUGGAAUAAAGGCAUACAACACAGUCCAGAAACUCGGCAGAAGAUACGUGAGAGAACCAAGAUUGCUAUGCAUUCUCCUAAGGUCAAGAUGAAACUGAUUAAGGCGGUGCAUAGUCAAAGGAAACGAAAUCCAAGUUUAGGAAAUCAUGAGACAAGAUUAAAGAUUGGGGCUGCAGUGCGACUUAAUUGGGAUAGGGGCCUUAUGAGGCGGAGGAUGAUAGCACGCUGCCAUUUUGAGUGGCUUAACUUAAUUGCAGAAGCAUCUAGAAAGGGGCUUUAUGGCGAGCAAGAGCUACAGUGGGACUCGUACAAGGUGAUUAAGGAACAGUGUGAGAAGGAACAUCGAGAGGCUAUGGAAGCAAGGAAGAAACCUAAAUCGACACCAGGGAGAAGAGUACCCAAGACCCCUGAGCAAAGGAAGAAAAUCUCAGAGGCCAUUGCUGCUAAAUGGGCUGACCCUGCAUACCGUGAUCGUGUUUACUGUGGCAUAGCUAAACACCGAGGCAAAAGUUCUGGGAGUAGAGAUCCAGCUUGGGGAACAAAGAAGAAGGAAGCUAAAAAAAUAAAACCGCAGAAGAAGAAGGAACCGAGGAUAAGAGAUUCACGGGCUAGUAAGUUGAAGACAAGUAUCAGUCCGCCUAGAUACAAGGAUCCACAGGCUGGAUACAAGUUAGAGAUGAUAAAGAGUAUCAGAGCUCAGAGAGCAGGUUCAGACCCCAAGAUUCGCGAAGCUGUAACAAGAGCAAAUGUUCUGAUUGCGGAAGCCCAGAGAGCUGCGGAGACAUUACAAGUGGCUGCAGCAAAGAAUCCGAUGGCUGAAGCUUCUUUAAUUGAAACGAGGAAACUGAUUGCAGAAGCAAUUAGCUAUAUAAAGCCUAUAGAGAUGGCUAAUACUCCAUCAUCUCCAGAUGUGAAGAGAGAAACAGAGCAAAGAGGAGUAAAUGGAGUGGGAAGUGUAGGGUUAAACAAGCAUGAGGAUGAAGAUGAGGAUGAACAUGUGGUGGCAAAUGGAAAGGAGCGAAUUGAUGUAUCAUCAUCAUCAUCAUCAUCAUCAUCAUCAUCAUCAUGGGGUUUGCAGGUGGAAGAAGAUGUUGGUAGAACGAUGGCAUCUGAGAAAGAGGGCAAAGGUAGAAGAAGAUGGGUUUGUGGGAGGCUGGUUGAAGAUGAUGAGGAGCAGCAGCAGUAGUGUUUUGUCCCAAACUACUAGUAGUAGUCGUAUAAGAUUAAAAAAGAACAUGUGAUGAGGAUUAUGAUGCAUGUUUUACUUUGUCAUCUAUUAUUAUUAUACAUGACGAAACCAUCUUCCCUUUUACACUUAUGUCUAAAUGACUGAUUACUAAAUGCUUAUCGGGUAA